AUGACUAUGGCCUCUAGGAUCAUGUACCUGCUCAAGCAUAAGCAUACCGUGAGUUGCAUCCCUUGUCAUUUCAAGGAAGAGUUCAACCGAGAGAUUGAUGAGGAUACAGUUCUGGCUAUACUAGAACAGCAGUUUGAUAUCACCGAGGACUUGAUUCCCAACGGCGAAAUUCUGAUUCCUACCCGGCGCCCUGCGAUCGAUGCGACUGGCUACGUGAAAGGUCAUGUGCUGCCGGCAGGAAUCUACUGGGAGAUCAUCAAUAGCAGACGCCACCCUCCUCACUUGAUCGAGAUUCUGGUGAAAGAGCGCUGGGGGUUCACCGUCCACCGGGAUACGAUUGCUAAGGCAAUCAAUGACUGGCAAGUUGAGCUGACACUGAGUGGUCGUCCUGCUCCCGAUGAUGCUCGUCCAAGACAUGACGGUCGGCUUCUGAGCGAACUGGCUGUAAGCGCUUCUCCUGCAAUGCACAAUCGAGCUUCAUUCUCAAACGAUCCUCCACCGGUAUACGAGCCUCGGCCUGUGAUUCAGGGCACAACCCUCCGACAUCCACGAGAAGUCAAUCCGAUCGGUAGCCAUCAUUACCCAUACUUCCCUCGAGGACAGGAGCCUCCUGCGCCUGCCUACACAGAGGGAGGGAGCCCGCCGUCAUAUGGGGGCUUCAAUGAUACCUCUGGAAGGAACCGACCUGAGACGUCAUCAACCAGAGUCUCUCGUACAAGCGCCACAAACGUGGCCGAGGAUGUUGACCGGACAAUGGUGCCGACUGGUAUUCACGGCAGUACUCGGCCUCCCGCAGUCGAUACCAAAUUUCAGAAGGGGAGUGAGCAAUCGUUUCCCACCUUCUCUCGGUCCAACGUUAUCGACUACCUUUUCCGCAGCGUUUGUGGAAUCGCUCUCUUUCCUCAUGGCCCUCAUGAGCCGGUCGCUGUUGGUUACACCGGUGAUGACAUGAUGAAGAGAUAUAUGCAAUUGACAGCAGUCAUACGUCGACGUCAACUACGGCCUGAAGAUCUCUUCCCUGACAACGUGGUCAACGCACAGGGAGACCUUGAUGAACCCGGACGGGUUCUCGCGAAUUUCAUCCGCCCCAUCUUCGCCGAACUUCAAAUGAGCGCCUGUCCAUCAUCGCGCAAGGUGAUGUUGGACUUUGCAAUGCAACCCAAUGUGGGUGGGCUCUAUUUCAUGCUCAACCAUAUGAGAGAACGCAGAGGGGUUGAAGAGGUCGCUUACGCCAUGCCUGACAUGUUGGCCCGCGCCGUCAUUGAUGAGCUACGACUGAGCGACAAUGCGUACGUGAUGCUGGUCCUGUCCAAUUACGCUCCAAAUUUCAUGUUCAAUUGUCUCAGCCUGCAGGUCUUGCUGAGAGAAAUCUUGGAUAGGAGAAACGCACAUCCGAAGGUACGGCUCCAGUUUGCCUUCCACCCGGCAUCCGGAAUUCCUCAGCUUACAGAUCCUAGUCAGAACGGUCGGGCUGCCCCUGGCCCUGUAGAGGAUGGGGAGCCAGCAUUGACAGCUUUACAGCUGAUGGAAUAUCAGGAAGGACUCAAGUUCUCCAAAGUGCUGCUCUGUGCGACCUUGGAAUCGAUGAAGGAAGAGGGCUUCCUCAUGCGCAGAUCCUUGCUGGAGGAAUACAUUCGUGAAGCUAUGCGCACUGCUCAGGAGGGAACAGAAGCCUGUCUUCAGCUACGACAUGCUUUGACACGAAUUGGGGACAUGAGACGUGGCACCACAGGUCCAAACUAUCCAUCGGAUUGGUGGGCGGCAGUUCUCACCAAUGCUUCUUUGGCGAUCGUAGGGCGGUCUACCACAUCACAUCUAUGGAUGACAAUUCCGGCAAUUGCACCACCAGCCACGACGGGGCCGACUAUGUCAGAAGAAGAUGAAAGAACGGAUCAAGGUGUUCGGGUCCCCGAAGACGCUGUGCCAAUCACUACACUCAUCCCAUAUGAGCGAGAAAUCCCGUUGGAGCAACAUGAACACAACCUCCAUCGACUGCAUACAUGGAAUGCAGAGAUUCGACGCUGGCCCACCGAUCUGGCCUUCAUCGCGGACGUCCUUCUGCCGGGCUUGCGGCGUGACCGCCGCCAGAUCGUUCUACAGCUACAUGGACGGCGAAUGGUACAUGCAUCGAGGCAAGAGUAUGACGCAUUGAUGACCCUGCUUGCACAAUUCAGGCAGGAGUUCACCAUUCUGCGAGACUCACUUCGUCGGCUGAUUGACCCAGCAGUUCCCGUCGACCGUCAGGCACAAUCUCUUCUCCAACAAGAGAUCGCUAGGUACGAUUCGGCAUUGAUGGAGUAUGCGCGGGUCUAUGUCCAAUGCCACGAAUCUCCUUUCGCUUCCGUUCUGGACUUUACAGCAACAAUGGCGGCGGUCCGACAAUUGUACUGGGAACUUAGCCGGGUCAGAUUCUGGUCGACAAGACAUCAUCAAGCGCCGCUUGAUGGUCAUGACCUGGUUGAACUAGCGGCUUCGGCUGAGGCAGCAGUGACACGAUUGCAAAGUGAACGUCUGCGGUUGGAGAUGAAUGCAGCUCAUUCGGUGCACUCAAAUGGUGAAGAUGAUCAAGAAGACCCGGACGCGGGAUUGCCGCCGUCGGGCCAGGGUCCUGAUGAGCAGUCCCCAAUGGAUCAUGAAGGUUCGGAAGAUGCCCCGUCUGAUACAAGCAUUGGAGUCGCUAACGAUGAGCAGGGCCAUGUGUCUUCGGAUGUCAAUUCAAACGACCACCAAGAGCAGCAGCAUCAGCAACAGCCGGAGCAAGAGAUUGAAGCAUAUCCUACUGCAAAUGCAAGACUUCCCGCCCCAAAUGCAGAACAAACACGACCUCCAUCUCGGCCUCUCCUGAUCGAUCGACAUCAGGGUCAUGACCAAGUUGCUGAUCCAACCACUGCCUUACAUGGAAGAACAAGACCCGCCAUUCACGGUAGUACCCCAUUGAGAACCGCUGUCCCUAGGUCUCCACAUCCACCUCCAAUGCCUGCUCCGGCUCGUCGUCAUCCUUUCGGCACUUGGUUCGCCAGCUAUUUCCGCUGCGCUUUUGCCAGAGAACGACACCACGGUCGGGAAGACAACGUACCUGGCUCUACCCCGCGGCAGACGUCUCAAACCUACCACGACCACGAAUCUUGA